AUGCAAUCUCUAGAAAAAUUAAAAGAAUGGACAAAAGUUACAACAAAUAUCAGGAAUUCAAUAAGCGGCAUCUACCAUUGUACCGAUACAUCCGGUAGAUACGAUAAAUCGAUUCUAGUACUUGACAGAUUGGAUCGAGUCGCAACGAUACCGACACAAAAACCAUUUCAACACCGAAUCCACAUCGGUAAAAGGGAACAUCCCUGCGUCUUCGUCAUCGCCCGCAAUAAAAAAUGCCAAUGGAUCAAACUGACUCACAUCGAUUACGACAAUCUCCUCAAAAAUGAGUUCCAGUUGGAUGAGUCGAAAUUCGUUGCGGACCAGCCAAUCGGUAACGUGUUAGAGGACAUGUUCUACUUGUACGUUCGUGUCUCAUUCGGGCUCGGCAAAGCUCUCAUCUCCGUCGACUACAUCGAGGAAAUUAAAGUCAUCAACAAAAUCGUUGAACCUGUCAUAAACGAUCGACACGAGUAUGAGUUUGACAUAGGCCGUGAGAUGGAUGGGUCUGAUUAA